AUGCUCCUUUUUCAAACUUUCAUCCUCCUUGGACUAGGUUCUUUGUCAUUUGCUACUCUAGUACUUAAGGAGCUUGUCUUCCCAAGAGCCGACUCCGAUCCCUGCAGCGUCGAUCCAAUCAUACCCUACAGCGCCGACUGCUGGGACAAGAAGAACGUCGGCGAUUACCUGCGAAAUUGGGUGAAGACCACCAAGCACUGCGGUCCUGGUGACGAUGUAGGAACUUGCUGCGGCACUGGAUCCGAUCCGAAUGAGGCAUGGUCGAAGUGCUUCCUGCGUCUGGCCCUGGCAAAUUCAGACUUCACAGGCUGUAGUAAGAUCAAUCUAGAUCUGUGCGAUCUGGGAGGAUUCACUCUGAAGGGGGACUAUGCAAAGUCAGUCGAGGCACGUUACAUCGUCAGGAACAUUUGGAUCAUUCAUAACUUCUUCUCGGAGUGGUAUGUCGCCCUCCAAUUCGCCACCGGUCUAGCCGCCCUUGAUGUCCAAAACAUCGUCAACGCCAUCGACCCGCCGAGAACCAACAACGUGGCUCUGGGCAACCUCCUGGCCUCUCUAUCCGCUGGACUCGCCACACUUCUUGGGCCUCUUGCCCCUGCAGUUGACAGCGGCGUGAAAGCAGCCGCCAAUGCAUUCGCCCAAGCCAUAGGGCAGACCCCGGGCUUGGUCAAGAACUUCUUCCCAGCAUCGGCAGAAAACGAUCAAAACGUACAGAUAGGCCAAUUAGACAAAGCACUGAAAGACAUCAAUACAAACUUCGGAAAGACCUUCACAGAUACGCUUUCGUCGCUCAUGACCGACUCGGAAACCUUCGCCAACUUCGCAAAUCACGGCACCUUCUCUGCCGACGCGGCCAUCAGUCUACCCAAGGAGACAAAGGAGCUCUCAAUCGGGCUGACGACCUUCAUCGUCACAACAGCCAUGGACAUGAAUGGAUACACAGCCUGGUACGGACCGCUCUUCACCGACGGCCUCACAAACGACGCAGGCAGCAUCUCUUCGACGUUCGGGUGCAGAUAUGGCGCCAACGACAUCUGCGACUGCCCCAAGGGGCAGAAGUGCAAAUUCGGCAUCCAUGAAGGCUGGGGCAUGUGGUCCUCCCACAAUACCCAACGACUCUUCUCGCCGCAGAAAUACUUCGCCAAGCCAGCCGCGGGUCCCGCCUCCGCGGAACUCCUGAACGACAUCGUCACUCAAGGGUGGGGACGACUGGACUUGAUUUUUGACGGGGCGUAUAAUUGUGGCAAGGCGAACGGACCGGGCGGGAAUAAGAACGCAGUGGUCAAGGCCAAUCCGGAUGGGAGCCUUGAUUAUAACUGCAUUAGCCAGGUGAAGGCUGGUAAUGGGUGUGCUACGAAUGGGGGAGAUAGUCCGUGGGGAAAGGUCAAGGAUAAUAAGGCUUGUACACCUUUUUAUGCGGUGUAUUGA